AUGAGUAGACAAAAAAAUAUAUCGAAUUAUCAAUUAACAUCACAAUAUGAUAUAUUAGAAUGGCUUGAUCCAAUCCCUCUAUCUCGAUCAAUCCAUAAUAUAGAAUCCGAUUUUGCUGAUGGAAUAUUAAUUGUUGAAAUAAUUGCUUAUUUUUUUCCUGAAUAUGUUAAUUUUGAUAUAUUUCAUAUAGCUCGAAAUAUGUCACAACGUGCUAAAAAUUGGCGUUUAUUAAAUUCGAAAAUCUUACCAAAAAUAAAUUUACAAGUACCUGGAACUAUUGUACAUGAUAUAAUAAAUGAAGAACAUAAUAGUAUUGCAACAUUUCUUAUUCAUUUACGAGAAAAAAUUGAAGAACAUAUAAUUCAAACAGAAAAACAAAAAUUUCGUUUACAAUGGAAAACAUAUCGUUCAUUGAAUUCUGACAAUUAUCAUUUACCAUCGAUAUUUUUAUCAUCACGACCAAUUGAUCAGGCAUCUCUUACUCGAAAUGAAAGAUUAAUGAAUCAAUACGUAGAUGAUUAUGAUAAUAGUUUAAGAAGAAAAAAUGAAGAAAUCGAAAUUUUACGUGCGAAAUUAAAACGUUGUGAAAAGAUUAUUCAGAAACAAGAUAAACAAAUUCAAGAAUUACAAGAAAAAUUCAAACUAAAAUAA